AUGUUCGAGCAUGGAGAGAGUCAGGGAAAGUAUGCGGUGGUGUCAGAGGCUGCGUGGAGCCCUCCGCCAAAAAAACAGGCAAAGCCCGUCAAAUACUGGGCACCAUUCUCGACCAGAUGGCCUGCUCUUACCCUGUUCUUGCUGGCCAUGUUGGCCUGUAUUGCCGCUCUGGAGUAUGGUAUUCGCUCGGGCCUGACGCUGGAAGAGAAAAAUCAGCAACAGAAUCACAGCAGGCUGAAGAGGCAGGAUGCAGAUGUCUCAAGCUUGCCAGCAGCCGUGACCACAACAUCAGCAAUGACAGAGACACCUUCGACCGCGCCUUCAGUCAUCUCGACAACUACGACGGCUGAGAGCACGACACCGCUGACCGGUAGCGCCUCGAUCGGUGCAUACAUCGACCAAUCUACAACAUCAAGUUCAGACAGAUCCUCCACAACAGUCUCUUCCACCAUGCUACCAGUUUCAUCUUCAACGACAGCAUACGUCAAGCCGAUCACCAGCCUGUCGACAACGACUGGGGGAGAAACUGAAACAAUGACGAUAGCGAGUGACACCACCCCAUAUAUUCAGCAAUCAGUAACCACCCCCGAGGUCUCUGAGACGCCCCUCAUGGCCAGUGGCACGACCCCAUAUAUUGUGCCGUCUACAUCCACGCCUGGGAUUUCGGCCACUCCGGUAAUGAAGAGUAGCACUACUCCGUAUAUUGCUCAGGAGAGCAGCAGCACCGCCCCGCAGGAUGCUGAAACCGAGACGACUACGGGAUAUGUCCAACAAUCGACCACAUCAGUCACCAGUCCUGUCCCCAAACAAUCUUCCUCGACAAGGCACACCAAUCCCUACACAGUACCUUCGAACAGUGCGUCCUCAUUUACGCAUACCACAACGCCUAUGGCCUUAACUGGCUUGGGGACCAUAAGGACUACAGAGCUUAGCUCUGCGCCUCUAACCGGCUCAUUUGAAAUAUCUGGGUCGUCUGCUGGACAAAUACAUUCUGAAGCGUCGUCGAUCUUGGGAGGAACACUCACCAGCAGCCUGUCUGCCUCUGUGUAUUCUACCAAUUCAGAAGCUGAGUCAAGCCCCUCGAAGACGGUUUACGGCGAAGGUCAUACGACAUCCGCUCCAUCAUCAUCGGCUAAAUCAAGCAACCAACAAUUCACCGCAUUGGUCACUUAUACCACGGAGGAUGCGUCAGGAAAGCCAUUAACAACCGUUGCAACGGAAACAUACGCCGUCGCAGUAAUGACCGAGACAGUCUACGACUCAAGUGGCAAGGCCUCGACUUUGAUCGCAACGUUGACGUCCUACAGCGGCACCAUAACCCCCACGAUCCUCGCUGAAAGUACAUCUGUCCCAACGGACCCUCCAGAUCACCAGAGAGCAGAUGAAGUCGAGCUUGGCUUGGCCGUGAGCGACCUCCAAUACUUCCGCGCCAUAUACCUACCUGUCCUGAUAGCGGUUAUCCUCAAACUAGUUUGGGCCGUUGUAUUCACUUCUACUAAAAUGAUGGAGCCAUUUUAUCUCCUAUCCAGAGAAAAGGGUGCAUCUGCCAAAGAAUCACUUUUGGCGGACUAUUUGACCACCAGUGUGUCGAUUGAGGAUGCAAAGAAGAUAUUCCUGAGCCAUCCUGUUGUCACCCUGGUGAGUCUCGUCUAUCUUUGCCUAAGCGCCCUCCCCGCGAUAGCAACGCAAUCUACAACUGUGAGAGCAAUUGCCUGGUGCAGAAGUCCCACCCUCAUCAUGGAACGAUGCAAUCCGAUGUGGUAUCUCAAGGUCGACUACGCCAGAGCCCUUCAAGCCGUGCUUUCUCUUAUCGCUGUCAUCAUUCUUUUGGUGGUCAUCCUGUCUAUUCGCCGCCGCAGUGGGGUAUUCUCCAACCCAUCCUCGAUUGCCACAAUGGCUUCACUUCUCAGCAGUGAAGAAUUCAUGGAGGACCUGCGAAGAAUUGACCAAAGAUCAAGCCGGUCGUCCGCGAGGCAACUACUCGAUCCAUACAGAUACAUGCUGCGCCAACAUCAGACAACGACAGGCUAUACGAGAUAUGGGAUUGUAAAGGAAUCUGGACAACCGGAAGAGGUCACAAUCAAUUACACCAAACAGCCAAAGUAUUCUGCUGUGACGCAUUCACAUGCUGGGGGGAAAGAUGUGCACCAUUCUCGAAGUACGCUGUCGAACCGAUUCCUCAUCGAUACCCUCUUCCUUCUGUGCAUUCUAGCACUCCUUGGCGUGCUCGUAGGCUACUAUAUGGAUGGGCAGGAUGAUCCUUUCAACAACUAUUUCAACCACAAUCCCACGAGCUCAUUUGUCCUCACAGCUGCUGCCAGUCUCCUCGACAUUCGUUGGAAACAGCUUGAACGAGAGGUCCGACUCAUGACACCAUAUCGGCGACUAUUUCGCGGGUCGGCAAAGCCAGAGUCAACGAUAUUGGUCUCACAGAACUCCACGCCUCUGACUAGUAUCUUCCAGGCGCUUUGGAGGGGAAACUUCUUUCACGCCUUUGUGGCCUUUGUGGCCAUUCUAUCUGAUGUUUUGAUUAUUGCCAUUGGCGGCGUGCCAUUCAACUCUGCACAGAUUUGGCUCGAUUUUCUUGUCAGUAUAUACACCAGCUGGGCUAUACUGGCCUUGAUGGUACUUACUGUCUUCGCAAUCUUUCGCUGGAGGGCUUUGAACGAGAAAAUGAUGCUGCCGCGAGAACCUACGAGACUCCUUACUGUGUGGCUCAUGCUCUGUAAUGAGGACAAUCAGCUUCGCGACGAAAUGCAAGGGCAUGAAACCAUGAAUCAAAAAGAAAGAGACGACAGGGUCAAAAUGAGAGGCGGGCUGUAUUGGGCUGGUUGGCUCUCCCAGCCGGACGGCUCCCGGCGAUGGUGUUUAGAAAAGGAGAGUGGACAGGCGUCAGGGAUGAACAUGAUGUAUGAACAUAAUUAG